AAAAAAUUGCCAAAAAUCAACGGUAAUUCCUGGAAUGAAUUUAUAAAAUAUAUUAGGGGCUGGGCUCUUGCCCCUGAAAAAGCUUAAAAUGUUUUAGCGAAAUGUUGGGCCAGAAAGUGAAAUAAGGUAGUUUUAUUCGCACAAAUCACAUAGAUCAAACCAGCCUGGUAACAUAAAAUUCCAAUUAUUGUUGACAAAAAUGCAACCAUGUGCCACAAUCCUGCUUGCAAAUUCUUGUUGGGAAAACAUUUGUGCUCUCUCCAUGUACGUUUUACUAGUUUAUUGGCCAAACGAACACCAUGUGGAAUUGGUACCAACUUGUACAAGUUUUUUAGUUAUGCCUUAGGUGGAUUUUUAUAUCAGAAUCUCAUUUUUGUGAGAAGUGCAGAUACUACAUGUCUUUGGUAUACAACCAAUCAUGAACUACCUCCCAAAUUCCAAACCAAGUUUGUACCAUUGCUCCAGCCAGACGAAUCGACAACGCGUUGGCUAGAACGUGCCAAAGUACUAUCAACAAAUAUUUGGCUUCACAUCUGGCAUGCUGUAGCUCGCGUAGUUUUACAAUUUUUUAUGACGCAGACUGAUAUUAAUGGAUAUCUAAAUCGUGGUUCUAUGUUUAUACUAUCGGAACAACAAUUUGGAAAACUGCUUAAAUGUGGUGGUUUUGACUUCAAAUCAUAUGAUACUCUUUUACAGAUACACUGCUUAGAUAUUGGCGCCGGAGAUGGUGAAAUUACUAUACGUUUGCUAAGAUCGAUUCAGGAUUUACAUCCAAAUAGCAAAAUUCAUACAUUUGCCACAGAAACCAGUUGGACAAUGCGUGAGCGUUUAAAAAAUAGAAACUUUAGUAUUCUUGAACGGAUAAGUGAGGUACAAAAUGUCCAAUUGAUAUCAUGCUUGAACGUGCUGGACCGAUGCAUCGAUCCAAUAGAUCUUUUGGAAGAAAUUUAUAAAGCGUUAGCCCCAAAUGGACGUGUUUUAUUGGCACUGGUUUUACCCUAUGUACAUUAUGUGGAAAUGAAUUCAUCCCACAUGCCACUACGUCCUCUACUAAAACAUUGGCCAGAACGUUCUCAGCAAUUGAGUUUCGAAGCAGAGGCAGUUGCAUUUUUUGAAUUACUAGAUCAAAUGGGUUUCCGUAUUGAAGCUUGGACUAAAGCACCUUAUCUAUGUGAAGGCGAUUUAAGGCAAUCAUUUUAUUGGCUAGUAGACAUUGUAGUAGUAUUGUCAAAAAAACCCUUAGGUAAUAAAGUUUAAAUAUUUAUACUAAUGAAUGUAAAA